CGCUCAAUGAUUAGCUCUCUGCUCCCUCCCUUCCCCCCCAAAAAAAAAAAAACCCCCUUCUCUCCUCUUCUCUCCUCUUCUCUCCUCUCCUCUCUCCACCUAGUUCUUGCUUCACUUUUCAUCUUUGCCGUCAUACCCAAAUCUUCCUGCGAUUGUCUCGCGGAGUAAAGGGGUCGAAUUGGUUAACGGCGUAUGUCUAAUUCGGAGGGGACGACGACCAACGGAGCAGCAAUAAUGGACACUCAGAGGCAACAGGCGCCGGGGAACGGGGCCUUAGCUGUCAAGAAGCCACCAUCCAAGGACCGUCAUAGCAAGGUCGAUGGCCGGGGACGCAGAAUCAGGAUGCCCAUCAUUUGCGCCGCCCGGGUGUUCCAGCUCACUCGGGAACUUGGUCAUAAAUCCGACGGUCAGACAAUUGAGUGGCUUCUCCGCCAGGCUGAGCCCUCCAUCAUAGCCGCCACUGGAACGGGUACCACUCCGGCUAGUUUCUCAGCGAUGUCGGUGUCUGUUCGAGGGGGUGCAAACUCUGCGUCUUUAUCAUCGGCGACUUCUUCUUCGGGUUUGGAUCAUAAGCCGCUCCUGGGUCCCGCGCCCUUCAUUCUCGGCAAGCGCGUCAGGGCAGAGGACGAAGGCGCUGGCAAGGACGAUACUGGUGGAGUCACGGUGGGGCCCGGAGUGGGGUCGAUUGUGGGACCAUCUGGAGCGCCUACCGGUGGAUUUUGGGCUGUUCCGGCUAGGCCGGACUUUGGUCAAGUAUGGAGCUUUGCCCCACAGCCACCUCCAGAAAUGGUAGUACACUCGGCAGCCGUGGCGGCGCAGCAGCAAUCAGCUGCUGCUUUGUUCGUUCAGCAGCAGCAGGCGAUGGGAGAGGCGUCUGCGGCGAGGGUCGGGAAUUACAUGCCGGGACAUCUGAAUUUGUUAGCUUCCUUGUCAGGUGCUCCAGGGAGCUCCGGUCGGAGAGAGGAGGAUCCGCGUUGAAUUUGGCGGUGAUAUUACCAGAGGUGGUUCUGGGGUAUAUAUCUAUAGAUUCUAUAAAUAUUUGUCUACUGCUGUUGUUGAUUGUGUGUGUGGGUGUGGGAGAGAAUUUAGGGUUAGGCAGCCUAGGGGUUUGGAAAAUUUGGAGUGAAUUCAAAUUAGGGUUUUUCUUAGUACUUUGCUUGAAGAUUCAUUAGGGUUUUAGGAGAUCAAAUUGUUAGCUCUUGUUGGAGGAGAGGAAGUCAAGAAUUAUGGCUUGGCUGAAGUUGCUGAAUUUUGAGAUUGCCAUAAUUGGGGCAAUUCAAGUUUGUUAAAAAUUUUGACAAAUUGGAGUAUUAUUGCUCUGUUUGUGGGCUUUCUCUUCCUUGUGGAAAUAAAUGGUUAUGUUCCAGGUGAGAUGUUUAUAGAGAACGAAUUGCAAUUGUGGGUUGGAAGAAUUGAAUUGAGUUUCAGGUCUGAUCCAAUUGCUGCAUACAUGUUCCAUCUUGGUGAAUUCUAUUAACAUAAUGGGGCUUGCAAUCAUUGUGUGAAUGUGCCAUCGGUUAAACCAAUUGUGAAUUCUGCUUGGUAUAUGUGUAGUUGGAGUUCUUGUUGGGCAACCCAAAUGCAGAAAAAUUGCUACUUCUGCUUGGUGAUCAUGCUUAUCUUGAUCCUGGUGCGGAUUUCCAAUAGUAUGUCUUUAGCUUGACAUUGAGAAUCAUGGUGGUUUUGAAAUGCAUAGCUCCUGAUAUGCCACGGUCUAGGGCUUUCUUGACUCUCAGCUUCUAUGUUGGUCUAAUCAUCUCAAAGGAGACUAGUGUGUGAAACAUAAAAGCUACGUUCUUCUCAGUAAGACCUCUGUUUUGGAAAAACUUUAGCUGUAUUCUUAGCCAUUUCUUACAUUUAUCAGCGUGCAAAUAAUGUGUUUCUCAUGUAUGCAAGUCGAUUUGUUUGGGUUCCUGUCGUGUGAAUAAAAAAACCUAUCUGUUUUU